AUGAAGUUUGGGAAGAGUCUGAGCAAUCAGAUAGAGGAAACCCUACCCGAGUGGAGAGACAAGUUCCUCUCCUACAAAUACCUCAAGAAGAAGCUCAAGCUCAUCGCCGUCGGCGGUGAUCGAUCGGCGAAGCGCACCAAGACCUCUGCCGGAGGUGGCUACAAGAUGACGAGGGAGGAGGAGGAGUUUUGGUCACUUGAGGACGAGCUUGAGAAGUUCAACGUGUUCUUUGUUGAGAAGGAGGAGGAAUACGUAAUUCGGGAAAAGGAGCUGCAGGAUCUGGUGGCGAUGGUGAUGAUGAGAGAAUCGAAGGAGCUGAUGAAGGUGAGAAAGGGGAGGAAGUGGAGUUUUUCGUAUAAUAUUAUGUUUUUAUUUGGGGAAAUCACAGGAUCAGUAUUCGCUCAAGAUUGA